AAGGCUAAUAUUUUUGUCCUCAGCCACGUGCUUUGCUUUUCUUCAUCUUCAUUUUUCUUCUCCUCGAUGCUUUGCCUCCCCGACCAGCCCCCCCCCAAGCCACCGACUCUCUUCCUCCUUGAAAACCUGGUGAGAUCUUGAUGAAAUUUCUCCUUCUUUCUUGCUUAAUCACAAGAUUUGGGGCUUAGAAUUCUCUCUCUCUACCCAGAAAUCCCGGAUCUGCUCUGUUCUUCUCCCUUGUCCGUCGGGUUCUGCUGGGUUUGAAUCCUUCGGUUUUUCUGGUAAGAUUCAGCCAAGAGUUCAUCUCUUUAGCUUUGAAUUUGGCUUGGGAUUACCUUGAAUUGUGUUUUGGUUUUUGGAUUGGGUAGCUGCGAGUUCCCCUGCAGAAUUUCUUCUUCUCUGCCGUCGGCUUCUUCCCCCCCUGCUAGGCUCGGUUUUUGGCUGCUAAAUUCUGGAAACGAAAUCGAGGACGGGGAAACCAAGGGGAGUGACGAGUUAGAAGGCUAGCUAUCGUGUAAAUUGAAUAUGGAUUUUAGAUAUAAAUGAUGAUCUUGUAAGCGAGAUUUUAAUUGGAGAUUGUAAAUUCAUUUAGUGGAUUGUUAGUUUAUAAGAGAUCUGAUUUGGAGAUUUUGAGGUUAAGUCAUGUGGACAUAGAAAAGAAAUUUUGAAAUAUCCGAUCUGAAAGCGUCUGGAGCCAUGCCACCGAGAAAGAGCAGAGACAAAGAGGUUCAGCCAGUCCAGGCUGACCAUGCAGACGACAGUCCACUUCACUCUGAGGGUGAAAAUGAUCCCAUCACUUUUCUCCCAGUGUCACCUUUGGCAGAACGGUCCUAUGGGAAUCCAGUAUUUAAGGAGAAAGAAGCGGACCGUGGGGGUGACUUUGCUGAAUCAAGUAAUGUGUUUAAAGGUAUGACUGAACGUCUGGAUUUAGCAUUCAAAGAACAGAACCAGGCUAUGCGAAGACUUGUUGACAGUCAAACAGAAUCUUCCAGACGUCAGGAAGAGUUUGUUAGACAAUGUGUAGAAGAGAUGAGACGGGUCUUUGAGGAAGGCAUUAAGGUGAUGCGAGAAACUGGGGAAGAAAGUCGCAGAACAUUGCAGGCUGUUUCAGAACAAAUGGUUGAGCAAGUGCGACAGCCCAGACCUGAGAUUCCUCCUCCAGUCGUUGAAAUGCCCAGACAGAUUCAGGAAGCCCCAAUCCCAGCACUCGAGGGGCAAGGGAAUCAGCCUCAUCCUAACAUUCAACAGCAGAAUUUCUUCAUGGGUGAAGGACAAAGACAGCAUGAACCAAUGGAGGCUGCUACUCCUGUUGCAGACCAUGGCCAUCAACCUCAGCAUAGGUAUGUUCCGCCAGGUAGGAGGGGAAAUGUGGGUCCUCAUCAUCAACCCUACCCAAGGGAUUUUUUCCAGCCGCAAGUUCCUCCAGCCCAGCCGGUACAACGCGGUCUGCAGAAUCACCCAGCUCAAUUAUUCAAUAGAGAUAAGCUAAUAGAUUUGGUACAAGAAACCUAUGGACCAACCUUGAGACCAUUGGUGCGUCCAGCCUACAGGAAGCCUUAUCCAGACAUCAUUGAUCAUGAAAAUCCUUUUCCAAGGGGUUUUAAAGUGCCUAAGUUCACUUUAUUUUCUGGUGAGGUUGGUCAGUCCACUAUUGAACAUAUUGGACGCUUCACAAUACAAUGUGGAGAGGCAUCUGGAGAUGAUAACUUGAAACUCAGACUGUUCCCUAGCUCUUUGACUGGAACAACCCUUACUUGGUACCUCAAUCUGCCUCAAAAUUCAGUCUACUCUUGGAGGCAAAUGGAGGACUUGUUUCAUACUCAAUUCUAUCGUUGUGAACCAGAAGUGUCUAUGGCAGACUUGUCGAGGUUAGCCCAAAAGCCUGGAGAGUCGUCUGAGGCAUUCCUUGCUAGGUUCCGGAGAGCCAGACUGAAAUGUAGAGUUGCACUACCAGAACUAGAAUUUGUCAAGCUGGCUCAGAAUGGUCUGGACAUUGAGCUCCGAAAGAAAUUUGAGGGGAUGAAAUUCCGAGACUUCUAUGAAUUGUCUUAUAAAGUGGCUCGGUAUGAAAAUCUGCUGAAAGAAGAUGUUCAAAAGAAGGUUGCAUCACAUGGAACCUAUUAUAGUGAUCCUAAUUUUGAUCUUGAUGUGGCUGAGGUGGUUACAGACAAGCCUGUUGUUUGUCCAGACCUUGUCAGACCAACUCACCAGCCUGAGACGUCUGUGAGACGUUAUGUUGGUGAGGCUGGAAAACAGUAUACUUUUGAUGUGUCAAAAGCUAGUGAUAUAUUUGACCACCUUAAAAAGAGUGGUCUAAUUAAGCUGCCGCCGGGACAUAAAAUCCCGGCAGCGGCUGAAAUCGGAGCUAGAGAUUAUUGCAAAUUUCAUAAUUCAUGGAAGCAUUCUACUGAUAAUUGUCUUAUUUUUCGUAAUAUCUUGCAAGAAAAGAUUGAUAAGGGUAUCUUAAAAUUUUCAGACAAAGCGAAGGAAACCAUGGGAGUGGAUGCAGAUCCUUUUCCAGUUGUGUCUGUGGGCGUGAAUGUCGCAGACCUCAGGAGUGUUGCCAGAAAUCGCAGUCUGCCUUAUGCUCAAAGGAACCUUGCUGCAGAAGACUUAAGGUGGGUUCUUGAGGCGCAGAGAUCCAGACAGAGCAGGAGCGUCAGGUCAAACCAGCAGAGGCUCGGGGGGCAAGAAAGGAUCACUGUACUAUGAUAGAGUUCUAACAAAUAAUGCCAGAUUUGCAAGAGGGAUUGCACAGAAUGAUACUUGUCCUCGUUGCUAUAUUCAUGGAGAGGAUAU